AUGACUCCCUCUCAGAUUCUGAGUCUCAUCGCUCUGCUCCUGGCAUGCGGCUUCCCCAAGACCCAAGGCAAUGAUGGAGGGGCACAGGACUGUUGCCUAAAAUACAGCAGCAAGAAGAUCCCCUCCCAUGUUGUCCGCAGCUACCGGAAGCAGGAGCCAAGCUUGGGCUGCCCUCUCCCUGCCAUCCUGUUCGCCCCUAAGAAGCGCUCCCUGCCUGAGAUAUGUGCAGACCCCAAAGAGGACUGGGUACAAAAGCUCAUGCACAUUCUGGACCAGCCACCAGAGCUCCGCAAGCCCACCAAGGGCUGCCGGAAGGAUAAGUCUGGCAAGAAAGGGAAGGGCUCCAAAGGCUGUAAGAGGAACAAGCAGUCAGAGACCCCGAAAAGUCCAUAG